AUGCAUCGUUCAGUCAACAAGGCCAAGGGAAACAUUUCUUCUGUAUUUGCUCAUUUGGGAGCAUCCAAGCAAAAACUGGAGCCGCGUUUUCAAGAGCUCAAGCACCAAAUAGCCCCUGCCAAUCCCGAAGUAUUACGCCGUGCCUUUGAUCGUCUCUUGGAAAGCUUUGAAAAAGAAAAUGCCGAGAUUCGUCGUCGUGGUGCUGAUGUGAUUCCUCAAGUUUCCUUUGAAGAUAUCAAGGCGAAUGGAGGCCGUAUGCCAUCCAAGCUGAUUCCAGAGAUCCAAAAGCGGGGUGCUGUUGUGGUCCGAAAUGUAGUGGAUCGUGCUGUUGCAGCCGAGUACAAGGCCUCUAUUCAAGAAUACAUUCAACGCCAUCGCGAACACCUGACCGGAUUCCCGGAAGAUAAUCCCCAAGUGUGGGAAUUGUAUUGGACCAAGGCACAAACAAAGGCACGUGGUCAUCCCCACUUUAACACCACCGCCAUUGCUCUGAAUCACUUGUGGCACACCAACGGCAACAAGAAUGUCCCCAUUGAUUUCACCAAGAAUAUCACCUACUGCGACCGGCUACGUAUUCGAGAACCCAGCGAUGGCCAAUUCCAACUCCAAGGUCAUCUUGAUGGUGGAUCAUUGGAACGUUGGGAGGAUCCUGAAUACAGAGCUUGCUAUACAAAGAUUCUCGAGGGUAAAUGGGAGGAAUACGACCCAUUUGAUGUGACCCAUCGUGUUGAAGCCAAUAUGGAUUUAUAUGAUUCGCCCGGUGGUUGUUCCAUGUUCCGCAAUUUCCAAGGCUGGCUUGCUAUUUCAGACAUCACUCGUGAUGGUGGUCAUUUACGCGUUUCUCCCUUGAUCAAAGAACCCACUGCCUACUUUAUGAUGAAGCCACUCCUUGCCGAGAAUCUUGAUACAAGUGACUUUAUGGGAGCAUGGCCAGGUCGAGGUCAAGAUAUCACUCCUCACGAUCAUCCUCAUAUCGUUGAUAGCAUGAUUACAAUGCCUGAUGUGGAAUGUGGUGAUGCUGUCUUUUGGCACUGUGAUCAGGUCCACGCUGUUGAACCCAUGAAUCAAAUGAAGACCGAUUCUUCUGUACUCUAUAUUCCAUCCACCCCAUUGUGUCCUCGCAGCUCUGAAUACUUGCGUCGACAACGUGCAGCAUUUGAAAGUGGCCGCACACCCCCUGAUUUCCCUGCCAACGACAGUGAGGAGCACUUUACCGAUAGAGCUACUCCAGACACGUUGAACGAAGCUGAAAAACAAGGCAUGGGUCUCCUUCCUUUUGCAGAGGAUGAAGCUGGAUUGACUGCUGGUCAGCUACGUGCCAUUCGUGAACACAAUCGCAUUAUUUCUUCUUGA